AUGCCUACUUCAGCUAAGAUGUCUUCGCCUUUACCACCCACAGCACCACUCGUAGACGCAAGCGGCCCGGUAUCACCUCCAGAAACUGCACCCUUACAGGCCUGGGCUAACCAGGAACUUCAUGAGAAAGUCAUCGAUGUCGGUACGGGAACGGGCAUUUGGGCCAUUGACUUUGCCGACGAGUACCCGGAGGCUGUAGUAAUUGGCUUUGAUCUAUCGCCUAUCCAGCCGAUAUGGGUUCCGCCUAAUGUUAAGUUUCUCGUUGACGACUUUAACGCUGAGUGGCUAUAUGGUGAUGAUAACGACUACGUGCACCUACGCACCCUAGUUGGCUGCGUUACUGAUUGGACAAGCCUUUUCAGCAAGGCUUACGCCAGUCUAAAACCUGGCGGCUGGGUUGAGUCCUGCGACAACAAUGGUGGCUACCAGUCCGAUGACGGUAGUCUAACUAAAAAUAUGGCCCUCUACCAGUACAAGCAUAUUUUUAUAGAGGCUUUUGAGAAGAUGGGCUUCGAGGCUCGUACUAUGAUUGUUGAUGAAAAUAUUCAGAGAAAAGCGAUCGAGGAGGCUGGAUUCAUCAACAUCCACGAAAAAAUAAUCAAGGUCCCCACGUCGGAAUGGUCCGAUGAUCCGAAGCUAAAGGAGAUUGGAACCUUCACGCGUGUCGCUCACCAGGACGUCGAAGGUCUUGUUGGCCUCUGUGCUACGGAACUCGGUUGGUCGAAAGAAGAGAUUAUGGUUUACGCAGCCAAUAUGCGAAAGGAGCUUCGCAAUCCUAGUAUCCAUAGCUACAUUUUGGCCAAAGUUGUCUGGGCGCAGAAGCCACAUAGCAAGUAA